AUGCCAGACACGGGGGACUUCGACGCCCUCUGCAGGGACAUCUAUGCAUACUACAGCAACCAGCUCGUGCCGGUGCCAGGCGACCGCCUGGCCAUGAUGCUGCGUGCAACCGGCGAAGUCUGGACCAAAGAAGAGCUUGCGCAGCAUACUUCCGCUCAAGGUAGAUACUUCUCCUUCAACGACUUCCACCGGAUCGCGAAGCGGAAGCGCGACGCUGUGUUGUCUGCCACGGGUGUGGAGGGCGUCCCGCAUGUCUUGGUGGACGAUUACGGCUACGUGAUCAACCUCACAGUGCAGGAAUGCCAGGAGAUAGUUGAUGCUUUCAAGGCUCUUCUGGAGUUGCGCUGUGCAGCAGGGGACGAAUUGAGGGGUCCCGUGAUGUCUGUCGACUAUUUCAGGCACGUGCUCACAAGCGUCGGAGAUGCCAUACCGCAGCGGCUGAUGCAACAGCUGUUGUCUGAGUCAUUCACCUUUCGUAGUGAAAUGUCGCUGAGGACGUUGAUCAAGCUGCUGAAUCGCAAGAGGUGA